UUUACGCCAGGAGUUAUUUGUCAAUGGUUUGUAUUUUGAAUUCUGAAUUCUGAAUGUAAGUAGUAACCGGCGAGUAAUUUUGUCAAAAGUAAAAAUUCUACCUACAUGCAUAUGUUACUAUACAAUACCGGAUUAUAAAACAAUUCAAGCGUCUAAAUCAGAAUAGGUAUUAACGAGAUUUAAAAUAAUCGAUUUCCAUAUUGAUACGCAAAUGGUUUUGCGCUCUGAUUCAUCCAGGACGCUCGUUUUAGCAACCUAAGCAAGUAUUUAUUGGAAACAAGUAACAAGUCCCAUCAAACCUAUUGAUUCUCUACAUCCGUCAGUAAUUAACCUGGUCUUGCCACGAGUCAGUCCUAAUAUAAUUACUGUUUUGGCGCAGCGCUUCAUAAAACGGUGCAAUUAUUGUCACGUCAAUAAAUUGUACAACUAAUUCCUCAACUAGUCUGCAAAAUGAGCCGUGUCCAAAGCCUGUUCAGACAAGUUGCAACACAAACUACAAUUUCAAUUCCCAUAACGCCAACUACUCAUCCACCUCCACCAUCUCCCAGUCCACGUGUCUCGGCGUUGAAAUUAUUGGAUUUUCCAAGCGCCGUAACCUCUACCAGCAGUAGAAGAACCUCGUUACCUUUAAACUCAGCACCAUUUCAAGUAUUUUCCUGCUCUGCCAUCACAAACAACACCCUGCUGAAGAAAGACUUUCAAGUUCGCACAACCGAUAUCAGACGUAAUAUCCAUCACUGGAUGAAAAAGUGUUCGUGUGGUUUUACACCAAGCCGAUGUCAAUGUCAAAGUCGUGAGGUGACCACCUCAGCGACAAAUGUUCAUGGAGUAGUCAGCGUCAAUUCGUCUUCAGAGCUUCCUCUCCUGUCCAGCCGGGGAACGUCGUGUGAAACUCUCACAGCACACACGAAUGUAAUACAUGCCAGGAGUGUCGUAACAUCUCCAAAAGUUGCCGAAAUCGGGAGGGGAAGGAUGGACGACGGCAAGUUGUUAUCUAAAGAGGAGAGGGAGGAGUUCAUGUCAAUGUUUCCUCAGUUGAUUAGAGACCUCACCGAAAUUCCCGAGUAUCGAGACAUGGACGAUACUAAUCGCUGGUUGGCUCGCGUCAUGCAUUACAAUGUACCACAUGGGAAGAGAAACAGGGGUCUUGCCACUGCCCUCGCAUAUCGGUAUUUAGCCAAGGAAUUAACGGAUGAAAAUGUCAAGUUGUCGUACGUUUUGGGAUGGUGUGUAGAAAUUCUUCAAGCCUACUUCUUGGUGGCUGAUGAUAUCAUGGAUGAAUCACAAACUCGCCGGGGUAGGCCGUGCUGGUACAAAGUUGACGAUCUAGGCGACAAUGCAUUUAACGAUGCCAUCUUGUUGGAGUCCAACCUGUACAUGCUGUUGAAGAAAUAUUUCCGAAACAAGGACUAUUACGCAGAUUUAGUCGAUGUCAUGCAUGAUGUGAACCACAAAACUAUUUAUGGACAAAGUUUGGAUACAAGGACUGGAAUGGAAAAGAAACUAGAAACAUACACCAUGGACCGAUAUGCUGCCAUUGUAAAAUACAAGACAUGCUUCUAUUCGUUCUAUCUCCCAGUCAGGUUGGGCAUGGCCAUGGUUGGAAUGAACGAUCCCGACGUUCUUCAACAAGUCCGCACAGUGACUUUGGAAAUGGGACAUUUCUUCCAAGUUCAGGAUGACUACUUGGACUGUUUCGGGGAUCCUGCAGUCACUGGGAAAAUUGGGACCGAUAUUCAAGAUUCUAAAUGUUCUUGGCUGUUUGUCGUUGCGAGUCAGAAGUGUACCCCCGAACAGAAAAAAUACUUGUGGGAAAAUUACGGACAAAAUGAUCCUGAAAAAAUUGCACGAGUCAAGAAAUUGUAUAUCGAACUCGAGAUGCCGCAAACCUUCAGCUUGUACGAAGAACAAACCUAUAACCUGAUAUGUACUCACAUUCGCCAAAUGUCUGAAAAACUCCCAAAGCAACUAUUUUAUGACAUGGUGAACAAGAUUUAUAAACGUAGUGUAUAACUAUCGUCGUAAAGUUUAGUCAGUGAGGGUGCUGGGCGUACUACUCGCAUUACUGAGCUUGAUUUCAAUUGAUUAUGUAAUGUAACUUAUUAGCUCUCUCUGCUUAAAAAAAUCUGUGCAAUAUUAAAAUGGCACUUGGUUGAUUUGAAAUCUAAAUUUAUUAAUAAACAUGCUCUUCAUAAUUGA